AUGUCAUCAGCAACAUCUCCAUCACCCAUCUUCCAGACAGACACCAUCCCGUCCAGCAUGACUCUACCUCCGGUCACACCGACUCCACUGAAGCGGAAGCCAUCAGCCGAUCCCUCCACUCCUCCUCGGGAGUCUCUAAAGAGGCCGCGACUAGACUCACAAAGACUGUCCACCGAUGAGACCCUACGCUCGACAAAGCACUACGCCGUGUACUUCCACAAUCUCCUCGAAGACCCGGAGAGCGCCAAUCACCAGCUCCUCAGCGCAUCCACCGUCUUCGAGAGCACCCAAAAGGCCAUGCGUGAUCACGCUACCCAAGCAAUCGAAGCAAACGUCCAAUGGGGAGCAACAAGAGAGCUCAGCACCAACCGACUCUACGAGAUCCUGGAUAGUAAGAACCAUGUCGUUCUACGCUACGAAAUGGACAUUGUCUUCCCGACAGGCGAAAACGUGGACGGCGUGAAGCAGUGGAGUCGCGCGAGCGAGCUGGAAGCCUUGCCAGUGCAAUAUGGUCUGUGUGUUGAGUAUCUCAAUGACAAUUACGACGAGGAAGAGGGAGCAGAACGCUCCCUGGUCGUCACUUUCAGUAGUCUAGGCGAAGCCAAACACGCCAUGAAGAAGUCGGCGGCGGCGUACAUUGGCAGCUCCAGUGGAGUCAAAGUGUCUGAGAGGCGGAUUGAGAUGGUAGGGGAGGAGGGAGAAGUCCUUCGACGAUACAAGAUCGAAGACGGGAGGAGGGAUGCACAAGGUAGGUUUAUACGGGAAGAAGACUUGUAUCUUGAGCUGAGCGGUGCAGAUGCGACGACGGUACCUGCCGACCUUUCACCCGCGCCCGAGAGAUUGGAGUCGCCUGCACCGCCGUCUCCUCAGCCGAUAGUUGCUCCAGCCAUUACUGCAGUCGUACGCCAAGCUAUACCAGAAGUCGCAUCAAACAGUCCCGCUCCCGCGACCCCCGAACCAGAAGCUACUCAAGGCACUCGCCGCCAGUCUGCUCGGAUCAAAGUCGAAACUCAGGCUGCUAAGGAUAUGAAGGAAGAGCAAGCAAAGGUCGAAAUCAAGCCCAAGCCUCAGCCUAAAUCAAAGGCUCCAGCUCAACCCAAGGCCCCAGCAAAGCCCAAAACGCCAGCUAAAUCCAAAGCCAAAGCCAAAACCUCAGCGCAAACUCCAGUCGACACGUCCUCUCACUGUACCUGUCGCGGCCUUGACGAUGGCAGCUUGAUGAUCGGCUGCGACAAUGACGCUUGUCCGAUCGGCUGGUAUCAUGGACGUUGUAUCGGCAUCUCCAAGCCUAUCCCGAAGAACCAAGAAUGGUAUUGUGCCAUGUGCACGAAAGAGAUGGAGAACAACAAGGAUAAGGGUGUUGGAGCGGUUAUUGUGAAGACACCUGCGAAGAAGAGAGGUAGCGGUGGUGGCGUAAAGACAAAGACAAAGACAAAGGCGAAGGCGAGGAAGAGGAAGUAG